CGAGGAGCACACCGUACAGCACACAAGUUCAUGGCGUCCUCCAUAAAACCCCUGAAUUGCAAAACCCUAAUCAAGCUGCAAAACCCUAAGUAGGAAGAAAGAAUCGACAGAACCGAUAAAUGGGGAAGAAGGAUAAGAGAGAAACUGCUCCAAAUCACGCCCCCGCCGCUAAUGGCGGCGAAUCUGGAUCUCACGAGAAGCGUGCGAAAAAGAAGAGGAAAAACAGAGAGAAAGCGGAGGAGGAAGAACCGACUGCAGACGACGCCGUAUCGCUAGCAACUGAAGCGCCCACUGUAUCCAUCGCUGUUCCUGGCUCCAUAAUCGACAACGCACAGUCCGUCGAACUCGCGACCCGUUUAGCUGGCCAGGUUGCUCGUGCCGCAACGAUUUUUCGUAUAGAUGAGGUGGUUGUUUUCGAUAGCAAGGGUACGUCGGAGGACGCUUCAACUGAAAUCAGUAAUGAUGAUUCAGCCGAGAAUGAGACCGGUGCAUUUUUCCUUCUGAGAAUCUUGAGAUAUCUUGAGACUCCACAAUAUCUCAGGAAAAGUCUUUUUCCAAGACAUAACAGUUUAAGAUAUGUGGGUCUCUUGCCCCCACUUGAUGCCCCACACCAUUUGCGCAAGCAUGAAUGGGCUUCGUACAGGGAAGGUGUCACAGCCGAAAAACUACAAGAUUCUACAGGAACACUUGUUGACGUUGGUCUCAGCAAGAAUGUAGUGAUCAAUCAAGUCCUUUUACCAGGAAGAAGAGUAACAGUAGAGAUGGGAACGAAUCGAAGCCUAGAUUCAGGUCUAUUACGGAAAAUUGUUUCGCCUUCAAAGCCAAGGGAAGAUGGAAUGUACUGGGGAUAUAAAGUACGAUAUGCUCCCAACAUUAGCUCCAUUUUCAAGAACUGCCCUUACAAGGGAGGCUAUGACUACCGGAUUGGCACCUCCGAACACGGAAUGGUUAUCAAUUCUUCAGAGCUUAAUCUACCGUCAUUCAGGCAUCUGUUGAUUGCUUUUGGUGGCCUUGCCGGAUUGGAAGAGUGUGUCGAAGAAGACAGCAAUAUAAAGGAUAAAACCGUGCGCGAUAUAUUUGACUCGUACUUAAACACAUGUCCGCACCAAGGAAGCCGGACUAUUCGGACCGAGGAAGCUAUCUUUAUCUCACUCCAGUACUUUCAAGAGCCCCUCAACCGCGCCUCCCUCAAACACAAGGCUUUGAGAUAACAAUUCGAUCCUUGUCUCCCUCGAGGUAUGCUCUGUUGCUGUCAUUAGCGCUGUUAAUCGAGUCGAGUUGCUGGAAUGCUUGUUAAGGUUAUAGUUAUUAUGUGCGAGCUUUGCUUAGCGCUGUUAAUCGAGUCGAGCUACUUGAAAGCUCUUUUAAGGUUAUACUCAUUAAGCUUGAACUUUGAUGAUACGUGUUUAUGUAGCAUGAUUUGAAUUCGACUUUGAAGUUUUGAAAUUUUUUGAAAAUAGUACAAUGUUCCAAGUAUU